AUGGGACUUCCUGUAGGUCUUCGUAAUAUCACUAUACCCAGAGUGCUGCUAUACUUGGCGUUAGUCAUGGCUUAUUUAGAGACUGGAAUUUAUUGGUUUCUUUCUGGUAUUGGGCUGAGCGAGGCACCAGAAGAAGAGAUCAAUCUUUGGCGAGAAUUCUCAGAAAUUUCUUCUGCCAUUUCUUCUUCUUCGGGGCAGAUGAUUAAGCGUAGGUUGUCUGUCAUAACAUUCCGAAAUGUUGCAGAGAAGUUGAUUGAGAUUGAAGAGGAUUUUCUAUGCGCGGUCUGCUUGAGCUCUCUCAAAGAAAAUGAUGAAAUCCGAGAGUUGCGCAAUUGCUGCCACAUUUUUCACAGAAAUUGUUUGGAUAAAUGGAUUGAUAACAAUGAGGAUACCUGCCCUUUCUGCAGGUGUGUUCUGCUUCCACCGAUUCAAAGUGUUGAUGAAUGA